AUGGUGCUGCUGUUGCUGGUGGCCAUUCCGCUGCUAGUGCACAGCUCCCGCGGGCCGGCGCACUACGAGAUGCUGGGUCGCUGCCGCAUGGUGUGCGACCCCCACGGGCCGCGAGGCCCAGGACCCGACGGCGCGCCCGCCUCCGUACCCCCCUUCCCUCAGGGCGCCAAGGGAGAGGUGGGCCGGCGCGGGAAGGCAGGUCUGCGAGGGCCCCCGGGACCACCAGGUCCCAGAGGACCUCCAGGAGAGCCGGGCAGGCCAGGUCCCCCGGGCCCUCCAGGCCCAGGCCCCGGCGGGGUGGCGCCCCCUGCCGGCUACGUGCCUCGAAUUGCCUUCUAUGCUGGCCUGCGGCGGCCACACGAGGGUUACGAAGUGCUGCGCUUCGACGACGUGGUGACCAACGUGGGCAACGCUUACGAGGCGGCCAGUGGCAAGUUCACUUGCCCCAUGCCGGGUGUCUACUUCUUCGCUUACCAUGUGCUUAUGCGCGGCGGUGACGGCACCAGCAUGUGGGCGGACUUGAUGAAGAAUGGACAGGUCCGGGCCAGCGCCAUUGCUCAGGACGCGGACCAGAACUACGACUACGCCAGCAACAGCGUCAUCCUGCACCUGGACGUGGGAGAUGAAGUCUUCAUCAAGCUGGACGGCGGGAAGGUGCACGGCGGUAACACCAACAAGUACAGCACGUUCUCUGGCUUCAUCAUCUACCCGGACUGA